AUGAGUGGCGGGUCCUUCUCAAUUUAUGAAUUAAACUCAGAUAUAAAAAAACUACUAUCAGCAGAUAAUUUUUUGAAUGGUUUAUCAGUAAAUGAUUUUGUUGAAGAAAUAAGUAAAGAUCAUAUUUUAAAAGGUGCUGAAGUAAAUAAAUAUGCAUACCUUGAUCCAAAACCUUAUAUUAGGUCUUUUGAAAGUACCAUAAGAGAAUUAAAUCAAUUGGAUAUUGAAGCGAAUAAACAAAGAAUUGAAGGUGAAAAACAAGUUGAUACUUAUGAACUAAAACAUUCAAAUAAUGUUAUAAAACUAAGUGAACUGAUGGGUAAUUUAGGUCACGAAUUUAGUAACUUAGAUGAUAAAAUCUCAUUAGUUUCAAAUAAAGUUAAUCCGUUGGGAACUAAACUAAAUAAGAUAUCAACAUCAAGAGAUAAGUCAAAAGAAACUAUUUUUUUAAUCAGAGCAUACCAUGGGUUUUAUACAAAAGGUCAGUAUCCACAAUUAGAGACUUUAAAAUCUAGUUCAAAUCCUCAAGAUAAUAUAGAUUGUGCUAAAUAUAUAAGACAAUUACUUCAUUUAGCUAAAAGAAUAAGUGAUGAAUCGAUACAGAAAACAAUCAAGUGUCUACAAGAUAUAGAAGCAUUUGGGAAUAAAAUGGAAGAUGAUUUGCUAAAAAAAUUCGAUAUAGCAACUGGUGGGAAUGAUGAAUCAGAUUUUGAUAUAAAAGUUAUGAACAAGAUUGCAACAAUUUUAAAUGAAUAUAAUGGAAAUAUAAAUUUAAUGGAAGCAUUUGUAAGUAAAAAUGAAUUAUCAAUGGAUAAUGAUGAAAAUGAAACUACAUUUAAUGAAGAACAAUGGAAAGAAUGGGCUGAUCCGAAUUCAAAUAUAGAAAUGGAUGAUAAUUUUAAAGCAUUUUUACAAAAUUUAAAAUUUGAUAUAAAAUCAAAAGCAAGAUUAAGUAAAAAAAUAUUUAAUAAUCCAGUUGUUUUGGUAACAUUAAUACAAAGAAUUUAUGAUAGAGUUAUAAAACAAAAAAUUUCUGGAUUAUUACAAUUUUCAUUACAAUUUAAUUUAUUAGCACAUGUUAGAAUACUUCAUGAAUUACAUGAUUUGGUUGGAGAAUUCACAAAUCAAAUUAAAGAUUAUAUGAUCACUGAAGAAUACGAUUCAGAUCAACAUUUGCUGCAAACUUUGGACAAUUCCUUUAAUCAACUAUUUGCGGAAUAUCUUGGAGAUACUUAUUUAACUAGGGAGAAGAAAAAUCUAGAAGAAGUGGUGCAUAGCAUUUUAAAUAAAUUUGACGCCGAGUCAUUCAAUGAUCAAACACACGAAAAUGUUGGAUUAGAAAGAUCAGAUACAACGAAAUACACCAAAAAGGAAUACGAUCAUACUACAUUUGCAGCAGAAAGAAAAAGAUUAGCCAAAUUUACACAAUAUGUUAGAACCAAGAUAAAUGAAAGAACAGGUAACGAAAAAAAUGUAUCUAAAUUAGAAUUGGAAGAAGAUGAUUUAGCAGCUAUUGAUACAGUUGAAAAAUUAAUAAAAGCAGCAGCUGAAUCUUUAAGUAGAGCACUUGAAUUAAAUCCAGAUAGAUCAUCAGAUCAUUCUUUAGAAGUUUUAAAUUUAUUAGCUGCUAAUUUUGCAAAACUUAUUGUGCGUGAAGAACUUCAAUUACAAAAUCUUAAUUUUUUUUGGAGUUUAACUUCAAUUCAUUUUAAAAAGGAAAUUUUAUUUUGUUUAUCAACGUGUGCUAAAAAGAUCAUUUUUCCAAGUUUAUCAAAUGAUCAAGUUGCUAAAAAUAAAGCAAAAUCAAUGAUUAAUGAAUUUGUUAAAAUUCAAGAAAAUAGUAUAAAUCAGUUAGUUGAAAAGUUAGUCAACUACUCAUUACAUCAAUUACAAACAUUACUUGGGAAACAAAAGAAAAAGGACUUUUUAUGUGAUACAAUUGAAGAAGAUACAGAAGCGUGUGAACUAAUAAGUGAGUUUUUAAAUGAAAUGUAUACAAAUGUAAGCGUUGUAUUAAGUGGUAAAAAUUUAGAAAACACUUUGAAUCUAAUAGGUAAUAAAUUUUUACAAUUACUUUUAGAACAUUUCAAAAAAUAUCAAGUAAAUUCAAUAGGUGGUGUAGUAUUAACAAAAGAUGCAAUUAGGUAUCAAAAUAUAAUAGAUGAAUGGGAUAUACCUGAUUUAUCUGAAAAAUUUCAAAUAUUAAAAGAAAUUGGUAAUUUAUUUACUGUUCAAGAAGAAUUAAUAAAUUCUUUAAUUACUGAAGGUCAACUAUCUAAAAUGAAACCUUAUAAUAUAAGGCAAUAUUUGAAUAAAAGGAAGCAAUAA